AUGGGCGGCGGAGGGCGGAGGGGUCCGCGGGGCCUGCCGCCGGCGAGGUCGAGGGUGCUGGGGAAGCUAGGACCCUCCUUCGGCUUCGGCGCCGGCUGCGGCUUCGGUGUUGGCGUCGGACUCAUCGGCGGUGCAGGAGUUGGUUCUGGAUUCCCUGGAUUAACCUUGGGUUUUGGAGUUGGUGCGGGCUGUGGUAUAGGGAUUUUUGGUUAUGGUUUCGGAAAAGGAGUCGCUUAUGAUGAGAAUGGGAGAUAUUCAAACAUUGGGAGAUCAAAUCAGAGAUCUAAGGGCAUUCCAUCUGAAGACCAGAUCGAUAUCCUGGUUGAUGAACUGAUCGAGAACGCAAAGAAACUAAUCAAAGCAACAUCAAAGGAGAUCAAUAAGUGGAGGCGAGCUUAA